AGCUGGAACCCGGCCGGAGUAGCUCUGAUCGCAGGCUGUGAGAAAGGAGGUCCUAGGCAAGCUGUAGCCAUGGCUGUGGCUGUAGCCAUGGCGGGAGCUAUAAUCGGGUCGGAGCCAGGCCCCGCGGAAGAACUUGCCAAACUCGAGUACCUGUCUUUGGUGUCAAAGGUUUGCACUGAGCUGGACAAUCACUUGGGGAUCAACGACAAGGACCUUGCUGAAUUUGUGAUCAGUCUUGCUGAGAAAAAUACCACCUUUGAUACUUUUAAGGCUUCCCUCGUCAAAAAUGGUGCAGAAUUUACGGAUUCUCUUAUUAGUAACUUGCUGCGUCUCAUACAAACCAUGCGGCCUCCAGCGAAGCCUUCCACUAGCAAAGAUCCAGUUGUUAAACCUAAAACAGAAAAAGAAAAACUGAAGGAACUCUUCCCAGUCCUUUGCCAACCAGACAACCCUUCUGUUCGGACCAUGUUGGAUGAAGAUGAUGUGAAAGUUGCUGUGGAUGUCCUGAAAGAACUGGAAGCUUUAAUGCCCAGUGCAGCAGUCCAGGAGAAGCAGAGAGAUACUGAACACCGGGACAGGACAAAGAAGAAGAAGCGGAGUCGGAGCCGAGAUCGAGACCGAGAUCGAGACCGAGAUAGGGAACGAAACCGAGAGAGAGACCACAAGCGGAGACACCGAUCCCGCUCUCGAUCACGUUCCAGGACCCGGGAGAGGAAUAAAGCAAAGUCUAGAUAUCGGUCCAGGAGCAGGAGUCAGAGUCCCCCCAAAGACCGGAAGGACCGGGACAAAUAUGGAGAGCGGAAUCUGGAUAGAUGGCGGGAUAAGCAUGUGGACCGCCCUCCUCCAGAAGAGCCCACCAUUGGUGACAUUUAUAAUGGCAAAGUUACCAGCAUCAUGCAGUUUGGUUGCUUUGUGCAGCUGGAAGGACUCAGGAAGCGAUGGGAGGGCCUGGUGCACAUCUCUGAGCUCCGGCGGGAGGGUCGUGUGGCCAAUGUAGCUGAUGUGGUGAGCAAAGGCCAGAGGGUCAAAGUCAAAGUGCUGUCCUUCACUGGGACCAAGACCAGCCUGAGCAUGAAGGAUGUGGAUCAAGAGUCUGGAGAAGAUCUAAACCCAAAUAGACGGCGAAAUCUUGUCGGGGAGACCAAUGAGGAGACCUCAAUGCGGAAUCCUGAUAGACCCACUCACCUGUCCCUUGUCAGUGCCCCUGAAGUAGAAGACGACUCACUGGAACGCAAGCGCCUCACCCGAAUCUCUGACCCAGAGAAGUGGGAGAUCAAACAGAUGAUCGCUGCCAAUGUCCUUUCCAAAGAAGAGUUUCCAGACUUUGAUGAAGAGACUGGCAUUCUCCCUAAGGUGGAUGAUGAGGAAGAUGAGGACCUUGAGAUUGAAUUGGUUGAGGAAGAGCCUCCAUUCCUGAGAGGGCACACUAAGCAAAGCAUGGACAUGAGCCCUAUUAAAAUCGUCAAGAACCCAGAUGGCUCCCUCUCCCAAGCGGCAAUGAUGCAGAGUGCCUUGGCCAAAGAAAGGCGGGAACUUAAGCAGGCCCAGCGGGAAGCUGAGAUGGAUUCUAUUCCCAUGGGACUCAACAAACACUGGGUUGACCCUCUGCCUGAUGCGGAAGGCAGACAAAUUGCUGCCAACAUGAGGGGUAUUGGGAUGAUGCCCAAUGAUAUUCCCGAGUGGAAGAAGCAUGCCUUUGGGGGCAAUAAAGCCUCUUAUGGGAAAAAGACCCAGAUGUCAAUCCUUGAGCAAAGGGAGAGCCUGCCAAUCUACAAACUGAAGGAGCAGUUGGUCCAGGCCGUCCAUGACAAUCAGAUCCUGAUUGUUAUUGGUGAGACAGGGUCUGGAAAGACAACGCAGAUCACCCAGUACCUGGCAGAGGCAGGCUACACUUCCAGGGGCAAGAUUGGGUGUACCCAGCCCAGAAGAGUGGCAGCUAUGUCAGUGGCCAAAAGAGUGUCAGAGGAGUUUGGUUGUUGCUUAGGCCAAGAGGUGGGCUACACCAUUCGAUUUGAGGACUGCACUAGCCCUGAAACAGUCAUCAAGUACAUGACAGAUGGGAUGUUGCUUAGAGAGUGCUUGAUUGACCCUGACCUCACUCAGUAUGCGAUCAUCAUGUUGGACGAGGCGCAUGAGAGGACAAUUCACACUGAUGUGCUCUUCGGAUUGUUGAAAAAGACAGUUCAGAAACGGCAGGACAUGAAGCUGAUUGUCACCUCAGCCACCUUGGAUGCAGUGAAGUUUUCUCAAUACUUCUAUGAAGCUCCCAUUUUCACCAUCCCAGGUCGAACAUAUCCAGUGGAAAUACUGUACACAAAGGAACCUGAGACAGAUUAUCUGGAUGCCAGCCUGAUUACUGUUAUGCAGAUCCAUUUAACAGAGCCACCAGGUGAUAUCCUGGUCUUCCUGACUGGUCAGGAAGAAAUUGAUACUGCUUGCGAGAUCCUGUAUGAAAGAAUGAAAUCCCUGGGACCUGAUGUUCCAGAGUUAAUUAUCCUCCCAGUGUACUCUGCUCUUCCCAGUGAGAUGCAGACCCGAAUCUUUGACCCAGCUCCACCAGGCAGCAGAAAGGUUGUGAUUGCCACCAAUAUUGCAGAGACAUCGCUGACUAUUGAUGGUAUCUACUAUGUGGUGGACCCAGGAUUUGUGAAGCAGAAAGUUUACAAUUCCAAGACAGGGAUUGACCAGCUCGUGGUAACGCCUAUUUCUCAGGCUCAGGCAAAGCAACGAGCUGGCAGAGCUGGGAGAACAGGCCCAGGAAAGUGUUACAGGCUGUACACAGAACGUGCCUACCGAGAUGAAAUGCUGACCACAAACGUGCCGGAAAUCCAGAGAACCAACUUAGCAAGCACAGUGCUGUCACUCAAGGCCAUGGGUAUCAAUGAUCUGCUGUCCUUUGAUUUCAUGGAUGCCCCACCAAUGGAAACUUUGAUCACAGCCAUGGAGCAGCUGUACACACUGGGAGCCCUGGAUGACGAGGGUCUGCUCACUCGCUUGGGCCGCCGGAUGGCAGAAUUCCCUCUGGAGCCAAUGCUAUGCAAAAUGCUCAUCAUGUCUGUGCAUCUGGGCUGCAGUGAGGAAAUGCUGACCAUUGUAUCCAUGUUGUCUGUGCAGAACGUCUUCUAUAGGCCCAAGGAUAAACAAGCCCUUGCAGAUCAGAAGAAGGCCAAAUUCCACCAGACUGAAGGGGACCACCUCACCCUGCUAGCUGUGUACAACUCCUGGAAGAACAACAAGUUCUCCAACCCAUGGUGCUAUGAGAACUUUAUCCAGGCUCGUUCCCUGCGCCGGGCCCAGGACAUUCGCAAGCAGAUGUUAGGCAUAAUGGACAGACACAAGCUGGAUGUUGUUUCCUGUGGCAAGUCCACAGUCCGAGUGCAAAAGGCCAUCUGCAGUGGGUUCUUCCGUAAUGCUGCCAAGAAAGACCCGCAGGAGGGUUACCGGACACUGAUCGACCAGCAGGUGGUCUAUAUCCAUCCUUCCAGUGCUCUCUUCAACAGACAGCCAGAAUGGGUGGUGUACCAUGAGCUGGUGCUGACCACCAAGGAAUACAUGCGUGAAGUUACCACCAUCGACCCUCGGUGGCUUGUGGAGUUUGCCCCAGCCUUCUUCAAGGUCUCAGACCCAACUAAGCUAAGCAAACAGAAGAAGCAACAGCGUCUUGAACCCUUGUACAACCGCUAUGAGGAACCCAACGCCUGGAGAAUAUCCCGGGCCUUCCGACGGCGCUGAAAGGCGAGCUUGUUCAUUUGCCUCUCCGGCAGCAGUAACCCGGGGCUUGGACUUAUUCUCACUGAUGACAGGCUGGUCCUGAGGAUACAACUGUCCUGUGACUGACUGUCUUAACUGAGCAUUUUCUCAACUUGACUCAUUUCUUCCCUGCUGGUAAAAUAGAAACAGGGAUUUAAGCCUGGCUUUCGCAAGAGCCUCCAGCCCCCAUCACCCCAAGUCCUUGGGGCCAGUUGGGAGCUCAUAUCUAACACAGAGACACAUUGCAUCAACUUCAAGAAAGGGACAAUUUGUGUAGCCCCAGGAUGGGAAAGGGGAGUGGGUGAGCAUCUUGUGCAGGGACAUGGUAAGGGCCCUAAUGCCCCAGCUAGCAGGAGCUACUGUGCUCAUCUAAAGUGUUUGCCCCACUUCCCACCCCCUCUCUAGCCCCUGUACUUUGGCUUGAACUCCUGGAAAUAUUUAUUUUCUUAAGGAAACAAAAAUGGUUUUCUGUGACUGUUCCUUUUAGCUGAAAGGUUAGGAUAUUGGCCUGGGCUCAGAGUGAGGGAGAUUUAGUAUCUGUGCUCUGGUGCACAUGAUGAGAAUCCCCUGAAUCCCCUAAAACCAGAGCGCAGGGCCUCUUUGCGCUCAGAACGUACAGCCCAGACCUCCAGCCUUGUCUUUCAGCAUCAGCACUAGCCAGGCCAUGCUGGGAGAUCGCCCCAUGAUUAACCAUGUCCUCUCCACAGAGCACUUCAGUCUGGAGUCCUGAGUGGUUACAGAUGGCACAUAUUAAAUGCAGAAGGUUUCCCCUUGCUCCCUCCAUCUCCUACCACAUUCACAAUGUGCAGCAUGUCCCAUUUGCUUUUGAAACAUACUAAGUAACAACACAGCUUUUAUUUUAUUUUGUUUUUAUUUUUCUCCCCUGAGGUCCUGGAUGGAUUUUAACAAAGGGAUUUUAUGGUCAACCCCUCCCUUUCCCCACCCCAAACAGAAAACAAACAUAACACCUCUCUUCUCAGCUGGUUUGUGCUGCCCAGUAUGUGUGCUUCAGGGUUUGUUCUUAGUGGUGUUUUCCUAGCACUUGGUUGGGGAAUGGCCACCUCCUUGUACCCCCCUCACAGCUCCUGAGGAGGCUCUUUUUUUUUUUUUUGCUUGCCAUAGAGAUGGGCUCCCACUAUGCUGCCCAGGCUGCUGUCCAAUUCCUGGCCUCAAGCAAUCCUCCUGCCUCUGCCUCCCAAAGCGCUGGGGUUACAGUCGAGAGCCGCUGUCCUCAGCACUGAGGAGGCUCCUUACCUGGCGGAACAUCAGGCAGGUCUUGCCAGGCCAGGUUGCGGAGCUUGUGGAAAGCUGGUCUGGAUGUAGUGCUUGUAGAGAAGCCUUUGGGAGAUUGGGCACAUCCGUUAUGGUGCUGCUUCUCCCAUCCUUAUGUUAUUAGUAAGUUCUGAAGUGAUAUAAAUGCUAGAACUACUAUAGAACUGUAUGCCAGACACUAAAAGAGACUAUACAACAUUCCAGGAUAUAAAGGAAUGUAUGUUGUCACUGGGCAGCAAACCACACCCUGAAGACACAAUUCAGAAAAAGUCCAGGGAGAGGAAUAUAGGCCAGGCAAUCUGCUGACUGCAGAUCCCUGCCCCUUCAUUAAGCUGAGUGAGUGCCUCCUGAUUCUGUCUGAGUAUGUGCCUUCGUAAGCCCAGGCCAGUAAUCAAGGGGCAGGGCAUUGUUGUUUGUUAACCUUGAAGGCCUUCUAGGGAGAGACAGUACAAGGAACUUCAAAUGAAACCAAAGGGGAAACGGGGACUGGGCACCUACCUCCCCAAUCUUGUUUUGUUUUUUGUUUUUGUUGAGACAGGGUCUUGCCAUGUUGCCCAGGCUGGCAUCAAACUCCUGGGCUCAAGUGAUCUUCCUGCCUCAGCCUCCUGAGUAGCUGGGACUACAGGUGCAUGCCACCACACUUACCUCCCAGUCCUAAUUCCAGCCUAAAUUUUCCCCAUUCAGAAACACUCCUGGAUAUGGUGGCCCAGCCUGUCCUGAGUGCCCAGCACCGACAAUGUUGGCACCUGGGGAGGGAGGUUUGGGUUUUAAGCUGAGGUAGAAAAGCGAUGUUGAAUGGGCCAAGGAUAGGGGACAGCAGGGUUGGUUAUCUUUCUGGCUCAGAUGAGGAAGAAGGAUCCCCAUUCUGUGGGUGUUCCUUGACGAUCUCUACCCUAGAGCUGAGGUCACUUCUCUGCUAUGACAACAUAGCUGGGUUCUGACCUUUUGACCAUCAGGAGAGCAAUGGCGGCAGCUGAGCUGAGCCUGCUCUGAGGGAGAAGCGGGGGGCGUCCUGUCCAGAUGCAGAAGGAGAGCUUGCCUGCUGCUCUCACACAAUGGAGCCCUUGUUUCUCUUCCUUGAACCAGUAUUUCCCAAGAUUGAGUGACAGCCCAGGAGAGGAUAUGGGUCUCAUGCAGAGACCUGGGAUCUUCUUUGCCAUUAAAGUGUAUUAUUCACCCCGACCCAGCAGGAACCAAGCUCAGGAGUUGCCUGCCUCUGCACAUGUGCUGAGCGCGCUGUUGUGUAUAUGGGAGGACCGUCCCUAUGGGGCACGUGUGAGCUCCGCUGCUGGGUCAGGCUUCUCGGUCCAGGUUUAUUUCAUCCCGCCUGGACGUGAUUUGGCUUUGACUGUCUCUCCUGCAGCCCAAAGCGCUUCCCAUGGUUGCCGUAGCUGUCUCAUUGAAGCAGUCUCUCUCCAAGUUUGAGGAUUUGAACAAAGAACUGGGACUGGUGACUUGUUAAUGAACAGUUCAGAGGGCAGAGAGCAAUCAUCUCAGCUUGUGGAGGCCUUUCUUUCCCUGGAUGCUGCUUCUCAGCUAAAUCUCUCUCUUCAUGUGUGUAUUCGGCCCUCUGGGUUUCCACCUGACUUUUAUACCUUCUUCCCACCAAGAUAGCUUGGCUUUAAUGUGGAAUUAAAUUAUAUAUUUUUAAAACUUGA